GCUCGAGAGGCGGUGGGGGAGGGUCACGUGUGUACACACUGUAGGGCUCAGCAGCACUCCAGCAGUAGUAAAGUCUGUAACGGACGGCCCCUUUUCAGAACAAGCCUCGUCCGAAAAGUUGAUAGAUAAAGUCAGUCCCCGCCGACACGCAGUGAAACGGUUCCUUUCCGCUGUUUUGGGGCUGUGAGGAGCGUGCGGAGCGUAUUUCAGGACGUCUGUUUUGUCAAAUGAAACGACUGAGAAAUGCCAGUGGAAAUGCUGCAUCCAAACCCUAUGCCUCCGUAGGUUUGUCCCCGACCCAAAUCUAUACGUUUACUGUCGACCUGUUGAGAGACGUGACCUGUGUCUGAGCCCAGCGAUGUGGAUCUGCAUGGUUUACAAUGAGACGGACACUAGCGUGGACUUCCGCCUCUGCCAGGACUAUGGCCUCAUCCUGUCAGUCUUCUCCCUCAUCUACCUCCUGGUGUGCUUCCCAUUGGGGCUGUGCUACAAUGCGCUGCUGGUCGUGGUCAACCUCUCCAACAAGGUGUCCAUGACCAUGCCGGAUGUUUAUUUCGUCAACAUGGCCAUUGCGGGCCUUGUGCUCAACCUAGUGGCGCCCGUGGAGCUGCUGAGCUCCACCUUCACCCGCUGGCACGCAUGGGAGUACAACAAUGAGGUCUACAUCACCUUGCUCAUCCUCUUCAAUAUCUCCUCUCUGGUCAUCAUGUAUUCCACCACGCUGCUCAGUCUGGACUACUAUAUAGAGCGUGCGCUGCCUCGCACAUACAUGUCCAGUGUGUAUAACACCAAACAUGUGUGUGGGUUCAUCUGGGGUGGGGCGGUGCUCACUAGCUUCUCUUCGCUGCUCUUCUAUGUGUGCAACCACAUCUCCACUAAGAUGGUCGAGUGCUCCAAAAUGCAGAACAAGGAGGCAGCAGACGCCAUCAUGAUGUUUAUUGGCUACGUGGUUCCAGCUGUGGCCGUUCUUUAUGCCUUUGUGCUCAUUUUGCGCAUUAGGAAGGAGUCUACACCUCUGGAUCAGGACUCCGCUCGCUUGGACCCUUCUAUCCACAGAUUGCUGCUAGCCUCAGUCUGUGUGCAGUUCGUACUGUGGACCCCUUACUACAUGACCCUGUUGGUACACACUGUAGCCGGUGCACCAGGGUACAUUAGCAACGUACAUUACUUACCUACCUAUUAUUUCUUAAGAUGUGUGUCAAAACUGCUGGCUUUCUCUAGCAGCUUUGCCAUGCCUCUCAUGUACAGGCAGAUGAACAAAAACUUCUCCAACAAGCUUCAGCGGCUGCUCAGGAGGCUGCACUGUGGAGACCAGUCCUGCCCUCAUGAACGCUCAACAGUGCAGCAAGUGGUGACGUGAGAUCUCCCCCUGGGAGAUUACUGUCGCCCCUCCCACUCCCCCUUUUCCAACUCUUAGCCAAGCCGGCACUUAUCUCCCCCCUACAGAGCCAGUAUCUGACUGGGCUCUCUCGCUGCUCUGGACUGUGUUAAGAGCGACGUAGCUGACUGUGGAAUUUCCUGUCACCUUCCAGAACUUGAUCUGAUCUAUCUAGCUCUGCAGUGAGGACAAACCAAGCAGAAACCACUAAGUGCUGUUAUUUUUCUGUCUUAGCGUGAAGUUCUCCACAAAGAUAGUUGGAUCUCUAUUUUGAGGGCAGUAAAUCAGUGAAAGCAGCUGGUAACUACCCAGUGUCUUCUCUGGGUUUCACACCAACACUCAAAAUGUGCAACUUCCCUAAUAUAGCAGUUGCAAUGUGGAAGUUUGAUGCAUGACUUUUACACAUUAUGCCACUAAAUCCCCAAAGAGUAAUUUGCAAAUUAUGCUGAAUACGCAAACAAAACUAGUAGACUUAAAACUAUGUUAAGAUGUGUGGUGUCUGGCAUAUUAACAGUCCCACCGCAGCAAAUGAACAUGCACUUUGUGUCAACACCAAACCGACAUUUUGCGCUGCCAGUGAACAGUGAACAUCAGUUUACCGCCCUCAAAUUAGAGGAAUGAUCACUUGAAUGAGAGGACAGUUCUUCUUUUAUAGAACUGAACUUUCUCUUUGCUAAUAUGUCUUGAGAGUGAUUCCUCAUUAUGCGAGUAAAUAAGCUUCACAUUGUACAGGUGGAGUACAGAGUUAUUGUCUCUUACAGAAACAGCAGCUUCAUUUCAAAACCCAUUUUCUUUCUCGAUACCAGUGCUACCCUGUAGCUAGCUAGAUGUGGGUGCUGGUAUUCAGAGAUGUACUCAUGUCACCUUGAUAGAUUGAGUUCUGAGGUUUUGAUCGACUCACAGGCAUAAAGAGAUUAUUUUUGCAAUAUGUUAUAAGCUCCGCAGCAACUAUCAUAGAAUACAUUAUACAUCAACACCACUUUGAAGUCACACAGAAAUACAUCAAUCACUUACAUAAAUCUUGUAUUCAGGGUUCAGACAUAACCGGUAUACCUCUUGUGAUCAUUGCUGAAGUCACAUCACUUGUUAAUAAUAAGCAGUUCAAAUCAACUUGUAAACAAUCAAUUCAUUAAUUUGAGCAGAGAGCCUCAACCCAGUGUGUGAUUUGUAAAGCUGUGGAGAGCCUCCGAUAGGGUCGCUGAAGUGCCCACGGGGUCACAGAGUGGGCCCUGAGGAGGUGCCAUGUACAUUCCCUGCAUCAUAUGAGCACUCAUGAAUGGUUUGGAGGUUUUGUACAGUAGAAAUAUGAAGCCUGACUGGGUCACUCUCGAGGGGCUAUCAAAAACCUUCACAAAGUAUAAAAUAUUCCUCUGCCAACCACCUGCAGACGGUGUGUUUGACACAGAGUUUGAACUGUAAUGCUGCUCAGAUGCGUUCAGGCAGAUGCAUCUGCACAUUAUUGGCAAAGCUGCUUUGCUUUCUUGCCUGCCACUUAGUGAAAAGAGAACAGACUAAUGCAUCACGAUUACAAAAUGAAAAAUAAAAGCUUGUUGUUUUUUGCAUGAGGUCUUGUUUGCUUUUCUGAUUGAGAGGGCCAGUGUAUAAGUCAUCCUGUGAAGAGAUACACCAGCAGGGUGGGGCAUUCACUUGAAGACAGUUUAAUUUACACCCUCAAAUGUUAUGUUAAUACCGACCUGCUAAAAGUCUGCUUGGCUUUCACUGUAAAAUCUAGAGGAUUGCCAGAUGUAUUAACAGAAAUGUGACGCCUUUCAUCCAGAUAUGAAAUAAUUAAUAUAACAGUAUGUCACACCCACGCAUAUCAUAUUUAUUUACACAUCUUGUCACUCAACUUCUCAUAUUUUCUCUCUACAAAUGACGUAUGAAGCAGUGUCAUUUUUGCUGCAUCGCCCCACCCUCGUCACGUGUGUUCAAUAGGUUACAUGUACUGUUUAUUUUCAGCUGAGGCUGUGUGUUUUCAUUAUAUGCCAUAGUAAGUUCUACCCAUAAUAAAAGCUUGCAUAUACUGGGAAACAGUUAAUCAUUAUUUGAACUCAGUUCAAAGUCCUAAUGUUUACUGUCCAUUUUGGGAUCAGAAGACAAACAGCGGUACUCGGUCAGAUGAUCCACAGUUCAAAUCAAAGCUUGUGGUCUGAUGGAGUAAAUUUAAGCAGCAUUUCUUAAGGUGGCGUCCAUUUGCAGAUUCAACUGGUGCCCUACAUACUGCCAGAGGUUGCAGUUGUGAACACAUUGCUAUUACUUAAUCAAUAGGACCCACAGUGACACUUGAAUUAUAAUAGUGUUCUGAUUAUGUGACAUUUGAACCUGUUGCCACAGGUAUUUGUACAGGGUUAAUCUUGGUAGAAUUUAUAACCAUCUUUACAUUUAUUACGGGGAGAGACAUCCAACAAAAAAAGCACUCAACAAAGCUCAUCAUCUCUUAUUUUUUAUGAGAAAGUUAAUUCUGAAUUUAAAUCUACCAGCUACACAAAUGCGUUAACAUGUUAUGGCCAUGUUGUCUUUCAUAUAUGCAUGCGCCAUUUGGUUGCAGUUUACAGAAGGCCUCAUUUGUAACACUAAGGUCUACAGUUUUUUUCUUUGCUCAUGCCUUGACUUUUUUUUUUUUUUCAACCAAAUUUCACUGAAACCCAUUAAGCUGUUUUUUGAAAAGUCAAGUCAGACUCCCUGCCAGAGGUAAUAAUUAGCAGUCAUCACAGAUGGCCUGACUGCACUGUGCAGACAACUAUAAAUAAAGCUUGAUCAAAUUGAGCUCAACAUCACACCCAACUCAGAUUACUGUUCAGUUCUCAUCUGGAUUUAUUAUUUCAGAGGGGCCAUAAUCUCACACCAGCACAAAGAAAUUUGAGUAAUAAUCACUGAGUUCAGUUGAAUUGCUAAAACAGACCCAGUGGUGAAACACCCUUGAUGUCCUCUUCUGUCGAAUGUAUACAGACGCAUUUUAGCUAUUUGAACGGCAAAACCUCAGAAGUCCAGAUGAAUCCACUCUCAGAUGUGAUGCUUUUGUGACUGUGUAUGCAAGUGUAUAUGUAUAAUACAAAAUAAUGUGUAUAUAUUGUAUGUGAGAGAUUUACAGGAAGACACCAUGCUCUUUCAAAAAUACAGUAUUAUUUUCGGAGAGAUAUAUUUAGAUUCUGUAAGUAAUCUACACUAUUGUCAACUGAGUCAAAGACUGAUUAAACAAUAAACUAACAUGGAUAUUACCCUCA